CCGAAAAAUAGGAGAGAGCGAGAGUUCAUGGUUUACAUCAACUAAAACUCGAAUUCUUAUUAGGGAGAAAUUCUUUGUAAUUUUAUCGAUCUUUAUCUUGUUUCCCAUACGAAUAGAUCUUCUGCGGACCACACCAUUUUUUCGGCUCAACAAUCUCAAGGGGAUAAUUUUGUUCCACUACAAUCCCAUAAGGUUUUGAAGAUUCCGAUAGUAUCGUGGGUUUGAUUAGGUUCUCUACUAGUCUCUUUCAUGGCGUCUUCUCAUAAAGGAGCUGCAGGUGACUCAAUGGGAAGCAGUAAAAUGAGUUUUGAUCAAAAGAGACAGCUUGUCUGGAAGCUGUCGAAAGAAUCCGAGAGAGCCUUCAAAGAAGUCUUGAAGGACUGGAGCUGCAACGAGAUUCGAGAGCUCUUACGUGCAGAAUCAGGGAAAUAUAUAAAAUACACCGGUUUGACGAAAGAAGAGAUCAUCAUAAGGCUUUUCAACAUUGUAUCAAAGAAAAACACUGGAGGUUAUGAGGUAGAAGAAGAGAGAAAUCCAUCACCAAAAAGACAGAGGAAAGAUCUUGAUCCUUUGCACUAUGUGACUCCGUUAGCUAAAGCUAAAGGCAAGGGUACAAUGUAUUGUCAGAACUUGGCUUGCCAGGCUAAACUAAGAGAGGAAGCCACUUUUUGCCAAAGGUGUUCUUGUUGUAUCUGCUAUAAGUAUGAUAACAAUAAAGAUCCUAGUCUCUGGUUAACCUGCAAUUCCGAUCCUCCAUUGGACGGUGAAUCUUGUGGCUUAUCUUGCCACCUGGUUUGCGCUUUCGACAAUGAGAAUUCGGCUACAGAGUAUUGCUUCAAGAUUGUAUCCUUUAGCGGCAUCGAAGAAGUGAGCGUAGAUGAAUUCAGAGUCUCUACACAAACCCUCCAAGAAGAAGAAAAAGAAGUGGCAGCAGUUUUAAUGAAUAUGCCAAACUGCGACAAUCUUUCACUUCCACCACCGCCUUCCUUAGAAACAGAUAGACAGGAGAAUGGGAACAAAAUGGAGAGAUUAGGGUUUGAGCAAUGUGUGAAGCUCAUUAGGCAGCUAGAGUGCUCAGGUAAGGUCAAGAGUGAUUUCAGAAAGAAGUUUCUGACUUGGUAUGGCUUAAGAGCGACGGCUAAGGAGAAACAUAUCGUGGAGAUCUUUGUUAAUACUUUCAAAGACGAUACAGUAGCUCUGGCUGAGAAGCUCAUUAAUAUAUUCUCUGAUUGCAUAUCAAGAAAGCGUCCUGCGAUUGGUGGUGGCAGUAGCGGUGGUGGUGACGAUGAGUCUGCUGGAUUGUGUUUGAUGCUGCUGAGCAUUGAUCAUUAGAGGAGAUCGGAUGAUAAGCAUUGAUUCAAGUUUUAAGUCUUUUAUUUUACUCUCUUUUGGACCUUUUAGGAAGGAGUCAACUUGUUUUUUCUUCUUCAGUUGGGAUUUUUAGCAUUAUUGAAACCUCAGAGUUUGAUGAUUUGUUUGUAUUUUGGAUUUUGAUGAGUUAGUAACUUUUCUUGAAGCACAAGUUUGUGGGUUUUGUUUAGUACUUAAGAUAGAUUUGAAACCGAACACAAACCGAAAAACCUAUCUUUCUCUCUUUGGUUUAAAGCAUAUUAUACCAUCUAAUUAAAAUCGAAAGGUUUG